AUGGAAGUCACCCAAGAACUUUACAGUUACAGUACCAUUGUCGUUCAUUUGCCUGUCGAGGCAUUCUACCGCAACUUCCCGACAGAUGCAUCAGGAAGACGAAGAAGAAUAAUUAUGACGAACUUGACCUACGAUGUGACAGUCGAGCUGCCAGAGACCCGAAUACCUUCAGAAGACAAUCCAUUACCAACGUCAUAUGCGCGACCCGUCAAUCCGUGGUCUUCCACUACCGGACAGUGUCGAUCGACGGUCAUUGAUGAACCCGAGUCUCUCCCACGCUCCAAAGCAGGCCAUUAUGAACACGCUCCGGAUGCUCCCCAGUCUUCCGAGCAGCCUGACAUGAACUUUCCUGGCACAGGCAUCGAUGAGAUCACGCCUUUGUCUGACAAACAGCUCGGCAUGAACGCUUCUGACAGAGCUGGAGACGGACGAGUUCUUCGCUCUGAUUCUGCGCAAAACACGCCGCAGCUGAUAAAGCGCCCUUCAGAGGAAGAAGUCAUUGGACACAACUGGAUCAAGUUUCAUGAUGAAGGACAGUCGUAUGUAUCGCUCAGUGACAACCCGCCCCAGAUGACGACAAUGCAGGAACGCCAUGCGCCGCGAGACUCGAGAUGGGUCGCUUUGCGAAACAAACUGCGUGAUACUGGAGAACACAUUGGAGAGAAGCUUAAGGGAUCUGGGGAUUACGAAAGCAACAAGUUGAAAAAGGAAAACGACCCCAGGAAACAGGGAGAAGGCCGAGCGAGAAGGGCGUUUAAUUUCUAA